AUCUCCGCAACGCCUCCCCAUCGCUGCUUAUAUAGCGAAUUUGGUCUUCUCUGAUACCCUAAUUCUUCUUUAAUAUUACAACUUCAUCAUGGGCUGGUUCUGGGCUGAUACGACGCCGACGGCACCCGUCGCACGCGUUGCGCCACACCCUAUGCCGCGAGGAGGCAACGCGGAACCUCCACCAACAUGCCCUAUGCACAACAAAAUGGCCCCGCCAUCGGACAAGGCCGCGCCUCCCUCCACGCCCCAGGGCGCGUGCCCCUACGUCCCUCCCGAGAAGCCCUCGAAUGCGCCCGCAUCCACGUCGACCGAGCCACCGCAGAAGACCGGUCUCCUCUCCCGUUUGAAUCCUCUCAACAACAUGUUCUUCUCCCUCGAGAACGAGCGCGCCGAAAACCAAACCCAAGAUCUGCCCCUAUCACGCGAACAGUCGACGAUACCAAAGGCCGACGGCUCGCUCUGGGAGUACCCCUCGCCGCAGCAGAUGUACAACGCGAUGCUGCGGAAGGGCUACACCGACACACCCAUCGAUGCCGUCGAAUCCAUGGUCUCGGUGCACAACUUCCUCAACGAGGGCGCAUGGGCAGAAAUCAUGGGCUGGGAACGGCGCUUCUCGCGCGGCAUCGUCGAAGGCUACCGCAUCUGCAAGCGCGGCGAAGAGAACGCAAACAAGAUGCUCGGCACGGCGGAAGACCCCUUCGACACCACCACCUGGGACGACAAGUCGGUGCAGCCCCCGAAGCUGCUCCGCUUCACCGGCCGCCCGACCGAACUCACGCCCAAGGCGCAGAUGCUCCAAUGGGCUGCGUGGGGCUGGCCCGGCAAGUUUGCGUCGCCACCGCCCUUCGAUCGCCACGACUGGUUCGUCGAGCGCUGCAAUGAGAAGGGCUGCGAGGAGGUGCGUUACGUGAUCGAUUACUACGAGGGCGAGCCGGAGCCGACGGGCGAGCCCGUCUUCUUCCUCGAUAUUCGACCAGCCAUUGAUGGCCCGAGAAGUGCAGCAGAGCGGCUAGUAAGAUGGGGCACAGACACGUGGUGGACGGCCACCGGAGGGGUUGUGAGAGAAGUACGGAAGGCGGAGGCUGCGAGGAAGAAGCAGGAAGAGGAGCUUGCUGCGAAGAGCAGGUCGUACAACUGAUUUUGUGGAGGACUGGCUUCAUAUUCGGCAGGAGGGAAUAUAUGAAUGGGAUAAUCACGGGUUGCGUUUACGGCGUCAUGAACCACGGCUGGAUUGUAAGAUAUGGAUUUCUGCUUGGCUUGCGAUAUUUCUUCUUCAUUUUUGUAUAUUUUCCCUAUGGUUACCACGAUGUUCUACCUACGCAGAGGAAGCGAUCAACUGGGCCCUCCGCUCUCAUGUUCAAUGCUUUUACUGGCUUACAGCCUGACUAUUCACAUAAGUGAUUCAAUAUUCUAG